CAGUUGCAUGGGGUCUGAGAGAGAGGCAGCAUGAAACACCUUAUUACAUCUUCCUUCCUUGUGGUCUUCUUCCUAACUCCAUCUCCGGCCCUGACGAACAUCAAUGACAGCCAUCCUCUGGAUGGAUCUGUUGGAACCCAAAGCAUCCGUGUCGAUGCCUUCCGAGGUAUGGUCAGCAUCCGAGACAACAAUGUUUUGAGUGAAUGGGAUGGAAUCUUGGACUACAAGAAUGCCCUCUUGGCGGCUAAGCUGUUUAGCAAGAUGGCCUGUGUCCUGGCCAAGAUGGACCAAGAUGUCUUCCCAACUUUGGAUGACAUUAGCAAGGCCUUGGACAACCAGGCUUUAAAGCAUUAUCCAUCCACUCACGGUCUGACCUACACUGUUCUGCCCAGCCGGGUCAAGAACUUAGCCCAGUAUGGAAUGCCAAUCAAGGACAUGUGCCGAGACGUCCCCACUUACUUUGCCCAGCAGCAAAAAGAAGGUACUGCACCGGCAAUCGACCCCAAUUCGUGUUUCGAAGUCCAACUUCUGUCCUUUAUGGGACUCUCUAUCUGUGGUGACAUUCCUGGGCUCUGAACCUCCAGGACGCAGGGAGUGGACCUGCCUGGACGAGGCUGCUGGCCUGAAACCAGCACUCAAGGGCCCAGCCCUCACUCUGCCGAUGGGAAGCUGCUCAUUUCAGUGCUCCACCUUCUGCCUUCAGAGAUCCAGCCUCGUACUCUGGGAAAUCAGGCACACUUUCUCCCUCUGAGUUAGAACAAUAAAGUUUCUUGCCUCAUUGGCCUCGCAGAU